AUGAGGAAAAUAGUUGAGACCUCAGUAGAAGGCCAGAUAACUGAGAUCAUUUAUAAGGGUGGUCAUACUCAUUCCAUGCAUCGGUCUAUUAAGAAAUCGUGGUCAUUGCCAGAUUCUUCUAAAGCCAUGAUCUUAUCAUCAAAUGAAUUCCCGGAUCAGCCAUAUGGAAUACUUGGAUCUGCACAAGGAGAUCCAACUGCUUGUUAUUAUUAUCACUUUAUAAAGAAUAAACUGUUUUCUUUGUUAAACCCUCUUAUGUUUUGUUUUCGUUUUGUUUUGACGAAUAUUAUGCAUGGAGUCGUUGAUCGACUGGUGGGACAUUUGGUGAAUGAAAGUGAUGAUAUUUACCCGCUUAUCUCUAUUUGUGGAAUGGGCGGUCUAGGUAAGACAACUCUUGCUCAAAAAAUAUUUAAUCAUCCAACCAUUAAAGCAUCCUUUGCUGGUUUAGCCUGGGUUUCCAUUUCGCAGAAGUGGCAAACGAAACUUGUGUUGCAGCGAAUACUGAUAUGUCUCAUCCAUGAAAAGAAAGAGGAAAUACUUACUUGGGACGAUGACAAGUUAGUGGAGAAUCUGCUAGAAAUCCAGCAGAGGAAAAAAUGCUUGAUAGUCCUUGAUGACAUAUGGACUACGGAUGCUUGGGAUUCUAUAAAAUCGGCCUUCACAAAUGGAACAUCUGUGAGCAAAUUAAUGCUUACCAGCCGUAAUGCAGAGGUUGCUGAGCAUGUAAAUCGAGAAGGAUUCAUAUACCAACCAGAAUGCCUAAAUGAAGAACAAAGUUGGGAGCUACUUAAGUUGAAAUCAGUUCCCAGAGGAUAUCAUCUAGAUACUUUUACAGUGAUGGAAAAAUUGGGAAGGGAAAUGGUUAAAAAAUGUGCUGGUCUUCCACUAGCUAUAGUCAUUUUAGGCGGUAUUCUUGUAACAAAACCGUCAGUGAUGGAGUGGGAGAAGGUAUAUGCUGAUAGCUUAUGGUCCCUGGAGAAGGGAAAAGGAUUGGGAGAAGAUCAGCAAAGACAAUUAUUUCAUGUUCUAGCCUGGAGUUACAACGAUUUACCCCCACAAUUAAAGCCAUGUUUUCUGUAUUUAGGUAAAUUCGGUGAAGAUGAACAGAUAGAAGCAGAGACUCUAUAUCAGUUAUGGAUUGCAGAAGGGAUGGUACUGUCGACUGAUAAAAGGGAGGGAGAGACAAUGAUGCAAGUAGCUGAAUCGUAUAUGGGGGAACUAGUCCAUAGGAGUAUGGUUCAAGUGAGAUACGAAGAUAUAGAAAACUCGCAUAGAAAGAUAAAAUCUUCCUCUCUUCAUGACCUUAUGAGAGACCUAUCCCUGUCCCAAGCAAAAGCAGAAGAUUUUUCUGAAGUUAUUGAUCUUCGAGAAGGAAGUGAUUUUCAUCUCAAUCCUUCAGCAGAUUUCAGGUCGGUUGACACUCGACAACUUGUGGUUUAUUAUGAUAAGGAACGUAUAAGCAAACAAAUGAAAUCCUACUUUGUCAAGAAAUGCAAGCAACAACAAUAUCGAUCAAUGUUACUAUUCGGUGAUGGCGCAUACACAGAUUUGCCGAAAGUAGUGCGGUCACAUGUUGCCAAUUUCAGGUUCCUAAGAGUUUUUUCCAUGGAAAAUGCAGCAGUAGAUGGUGGCAUACUUUAUCCCAGAAGUUUUGUAAGAGCAUUAGGAAGCCUUGUAUACUUGAGAUACCUUAGCUUGAGGAAUGUUAUCUUGUCAUUGAUUCCAUUUCCAUCUAUGCAGAACAUGGUGCUACUCCAAACUCUCAUACUUGAUCUAUCCAGUUCUAUACCUAUUCCAUCAUGGCUUUCAAGAAAUAUUCUGGGCAAACUGGGACAUUUGCGGCAUUUAUACUUACCUCGUUGUUAUCUUACACCUGUAAAUUAUCAAAAUUUACGGUUUGAUGGGUUGGGCAAGUUGGAGACAUUGGAGAACUUCAAUAAUCUGUGGUGUGAGGCUAAGGAUCUUCCCAAACUAAUCAAUCUUCAGAGAAUAACAUUAGUAGGAGCCGGUGUUUAUGAUGAUGUGGACGAGACCAUGAAAAAUCUGUCAGCACUAGCCUUGUCAUCAUCUUCAAAUCUCGGGUACUUGGGACUUUCUCUUGAUUUAUAUAAUCAACCAGGUGAGAACGUGAGACAGUUGUUUUGGGAUUAUAAAUCCAUCCUUCAGAAAUUAAGCAUAAGAGGUCGGCUUGCAGAAUUGGCUCAAUUAUUUGAGAACCAACCGGGGAAUAUUAUGAGUCAUCGCUCCUGGUAG